AUGAUACCAGACAUUUUCGGAACUUCGGUUCAAGAAGCGGUACUGGCUUCGCUACUGCAGAAUAAACCUCUCUUGGCCUUUCUAACGAACGAGCAGGAGAUAUCGCAGGAGUUUAUACUCAAGUUCUUAUACACCGAGGGCGAAAGAAAUGAGACUGUGGUGGACAAGUUGAGACUGCAAUUUGUAUGCAUAAAACUCAUCCAAGGAAGCGUUGAGUUCGGGUACUUCCAACAGAUUUUUCAAAAUUUGGAAGUUCCAAGCUUCUAUUUCAUAGAAAAGGGCAAUCUUCUUGAUAUCGUGAACUACGAGAGCAAUCCGACUGAAUUCCCUAAGAAGUUGGAGAGGUUGGUGAGGUAUAAAGCUGGCAAUAGAACUGGUGAGCAAGAGGCCCGGGCGCGGAAUCCUGGAGACGUGGGACUGUCAUCUCAGUUGGAAGCUGCCCUGCCCUCUGCCCCAGCUUCUACUCAUGCAUCUCUGGCACCACAGCCUGAAGCUACGGCACCUAGUGCUGAAGCUCCAGUUCUGGCGCCAAUGGCGCCACUUGCACAUUCACCUGCUCCUUCUACUUCUCCAGCAACCACACCAGCAUCUGACUCAAAACUUCAGCAGCAACAGCAAAGAUAUAAGAAAAGUAAAAAGGAGCAAAAUCUCGAAACACAAAGGAUAAGAGCUUUGCUUGAAGCUGACGAGAAGGAGAGAAGGGCUAAGCAAAGAGAAGAGAGACUGCUCAAAGAAUUUACGCAAGACAAAAUAGAGCAGGCUCAACCUGUUACAGACAAACCUAAAGAGAAAACUAGUACUGCAAAGGUGUGCAAACUUUCAAUAAAAUUGUUUGAUGGAUCUUCGCUUAUUCAUGACUUCUUGCCUACUCAGACCUUGAGCCAAGUACGUGACUGGUUAGACCGCGAGACUGAAGGAGGUAUAAUCCCCAACACCACGUCAUCUAUGCCUGCAUUUGCCAGUCCUUCAGUUCCUCAGCCUACGCACUAUGUCUUUUACAGACCGGUUCUUCCUAGGAUUACUUAUACAGAUGAUCAAGAGUUCAAAACCCUCGAUGAGCUCGAAUUGUGUCCUAGAUCGGCAUUAAUCUUGAAACCAAUUUACGAGGACCUAGGAUUUACUAAGUCGUACCCAAACGCAAAGGCUAGUGGUGUAAUCAGUAACGCUACGUAUUUAGCGAAGAGAGUAGGUAAUGCCUUAUUCUCAUUUUUUGACUACGGUGUGGACCAUAUUGAAGAGGAUUUGGAAUCUAUUAGGCAUAGGGCAGCAAGUCCGUUUGAGGAUUCUGCUCUGGAGAGAGGGGAUAUAAACGAUGGUACUGGGAGAAGCUCUGGCAGCAGUAAUUUACGAGACCAAAAUAGUGGAGUAGAUGAAUUCUUCAGCGGGAUGCAAGUACAAUUACCCAAUAACAGUGCACCCAAUUUGGUCUCUUUCGAUAACGUACGGGACUCCAACUCCUUGACCAACUUACAAGACCAAUCAUUUCACACGAAUCCAAAUUCUCCAAGAAUUCCCCCCAGUGAUAUAGCCAGUCAGAUCAGCAGAUCAUCGACUCCAAUGUUGUCAAGAAAUUUGUCAUCGAAUAGAUUCAGAGGGAUCAGCACUAGCAGCAAUAGUAGUAAUGGAGCUGGGAAAGGAGAACCGUUGGAUAAGGAUAAAGAUAGCGAAAUGACAUAUAAUGGAAACAGUGUGGGACUCAAUGAAAAGAAAGAUGAAUAG